AUGAAUCUGAAUGCUCUUCUUGGCUUAUUGACCUUCGCGGCGGCAGUCUCCGCUGCCCCCCAGAGGGUUCUCAAGUCCCAGGCUCAUUCUUCGGAUUCUAUCGCCAACCUGAAGAACAAGAUCAAACAUGUUGUCCUCCUGGAGAUGGAAAAUCGAUCUUUCGACAACCUGCUCGGUGGCCAGACUUUGAAGGGAUUAGACAAUCCUAUCAACAAUGGCCCCUUCUGUAACCCGUAUAACCUAACCGAUCCUUCUGCGGGUAAGGUAUGCAGCGUUGCGACGGACUUUGAUUCGAUUUUGAACGAUCCUGAUCACUCGGUGACGGGAAAUAAUAUCGAAUUUUUCGGCACAUUUGUCCCCAACAAUGACGACAUUGCUAAGCGCAAACUCAAGCCCAAACAGCAGGGAUUCGUGCAUGAACAGCUACGUCUCUAUGGUGAUGAUGUGGACAAAGCUGCUCUGGCCAAGCAGGUGAUCAACUACUACACCGAGGAUGAAGUCCCAGUCUUCACUUCGCUAGUCCAGAAUUACCUGACGUUCAACCACUGGCACUCGGAUCAUCCCGGACCCACUAAUCCCAACCGGGCCUUUGUCCUUUCGGGCACAUCUGCCGGCCACGGCACCAAUGACAAGGCUUUCAACCCAGACACUCACGGUCUCACGCAACGGUCUAUCUUCCAGCAGCUCUCAGAAACCAACCGCACUUGGAAGAACUACUACACAAGUGCCAGUAUGGUUGACGCCUUCUUCUUCGACUGGACCUUCACCAGCGGAAAUGACGACAAGGCAGUUCCCCUGAAGGAAUUCUAUGCCGAUGCCGCAGCCGGCGAGCUCCCGGAGUUCUCUUUUGUCGAUCCGUCCUGCUGUAGCGUUGGCACGAACUCCAUGCACCCUAGUGGUCUCGUCUCCGAUGGUGAAAACCUCAUCAAGAGUGUCUACGACGCAGUGCGCGGCGGUCCACAGUGGGAAGAGACUCUCAUCAUCCUGACCUUCGACGAGACAGGUGGAUUCCACGAUCACGUCCCACCCCCUCUGGCUACCCGUCCAGAUGACCUGACUUACACUGAGACCGCGCCCAAUGGUGAGAAGUAUACCUUCUCCUUCGACCGUCUCGGUGGUCGUCUCCCGACUCUCCUCAUCUCGCCGUGGAUUGCCAAGGGCAAGGUCGAGCAAAAGGGAACUGACUCAAACGGUAAUAUCGUGUCUUACUCUGCUUCUUCGAUCCUGCGCACUCUCGGUUAUCUGUGGGAUUUCGAGCCUUUCACUCCUCGUGUUGGGUCGUCAGCUUCAUUUGAUCACCUGAUUCAGAAGCAGGCGCGGACUGAUACUCCUGAAACGUUGCCGCAGCCUGUGGCUUUCAGGAGAAUCAAUAAUUAA